UGCACGGACGGCGGGCCCGCGCACUGUGAGGCGGAGAAGAGAGGAGGUGGCAGCAGCGGGCGGCAGCAGUCCCGGGCUCGCUCACCGCCAUCACGGACUUCCUGUGGGACAAGAGAACCGGCCUGGCUGCGAGGACGGUGAGGGGAGCGAGAGGGAUCCGCCGGGAGGGUGAGAUGCCGCACUCCCGUCGGUACCGUUCAUCGGAGAGGGGCAGCAGAGGAAGCUACCAUGAGCGUUACAGAAGCCGCAAGCACAGGCGGAGAAGGAGCAGGUCGCGGACGAGCAGCGGUGACAGAGGACGGGACCGACGUCACAGACAUGGUGACAGUUACCAGGAAAGGUCGCGCAGUUAUGAAGCACGCUCGUCAGACAGAAGGGCCUAUGAACGCAAAUACUGCGACAGUUACCGUAGGAAUGAUUACAGCAGGGACAAAGGGGACAUCUACUACAAUGUAGAAUACAGACACUCGUACGACUACCGACGGUCCCGUGACGACAGCUACCGGAGCUGCAAGAGCAACAGGCGCAAGCAGAAACGCAGGAAGCGCAGAACAAGGUCUUAUAGCCAGUCCACAUCGAGAAGUCGCCAGAGCAGCAGCAGGCAGGCCAAGAGUGUGGAAGACGACGUGGAGGGUCACCUGAUCUAUCGCAGCGGCGACUGGCUACAAGAAAGAUAUGAGAUUGUCAGCACCUUGGGCGAGGGGACGUUUGGCCGAGUGGUACAGUGCAUAGACCAUCGCAGGGGUGGAGCCAGAGUCGCUCUAAAAAUCAUUAAAAACGUGGAGAAAUACAAGGAGGCGGCACGCCUGGAGAUCAAUGUCCUGGAGAAGAUUAAUGAGAAGGAUCCUGAUAAUAAGCAUCUGUGCGUCCAGAUGUAUGACUGGUUUGACUACCACGGACACAUGUGUAUCUCCUUCGAGCUGCUUGGCCUCAGCACAUUUGAUUUUCUGAAGGAAAACAACUAUCUUCCGUACCCCAUCCACCAGGUGCGGCACAUGGCCCAGCAGGUGUGCCAGGCUGUGAAGUUUCUCCAUGACAACAAGCUGACGCACACGGACCUGAAGCCGGAGAACAUCCUCUUUGUUAGCUCGGACUUUGAGCUGACGUACAGUAUGGACAAGAGAGAUGAAAGAUGUGUGAAGAAGACAGAUAUUCGGGUGGUGGACUUUGGCAGUGCCACGUUUGAUCAUGAGCACCACAGCACCAUUGUGUCCACACGUCACUACCGAGCGCCGGAGGUCAUCCUAGAGCUGGGCUGGAGCCAGCCCUGUGACGUGUGGAGCAUUGGAUGUAUCGUCUUCGAGUAUUACGUGGGGUUCACCCUCUUCCAGACGCACGAUAACAGGGAGCACCUGGCAAUGAUGGAGAGGAUUCUGGGCCCAAUUCCAUCACGGAUGAUCCGCAAGACCAGGAAACAGAAGUACUUCUACCACGGGCGACUGGACUGGGAUGAGAACACGUCUGCGGGGCGCUACGUGCGGGAGAACUGCAAGGCGCUGAGGAGGUACAUGGUUUCUGAAAGUGAGGAGCAUCAUCAGCUGUUUGACCUCAUUGAGGGUUUGCUGGAGUACGAACCGUCCAAACGCCUCACCCUGUCAGAGGCCCUGAAACACCCGUUCUUUAACUCGCACCCGCCAAAGCACUGGGAUAGCGGACGUGACAUCAGCCGAUGAGGACGCCCAUCUUGCGCCAAACCUUUUGCUUUACAACCCCUGGUGCUUCAUCCUUUAUUGUUUUAUUUUUUAAACAGAAUGAACUGAACACUUUGCAGUCUGGUAAAGCUGUUAAUAUGUGAAAUAGUCUAUAUAAAUAUAUAUAUAUAUUCUGUAAAGGCGCACGUGUGACGUGAGCCGGGCCUGCCGUGUAAAUAGAUGGCUCCGUCUCAUGAUGUGUUGUCACUGCUCCAUCUGGUGGUGGGUGGGCUACACUGCUCCUGUACAGUUGUCCUAUAAUUUAUAAUGUCAGUGUUAAGGGGAGGGGGCAGCGUCCUGCGGGGCAUCUGGCAGUGUUUUUAUAUAUAUAAAGUUUUGUACAGUCUUUGUGAGAAAUAAACACAAUCUGUUUGUA